AAAUUUUGAAAGAAAAUGGGUCUGAAAUGGUUUCGGGCAAGUUUAUCGAUGGAAAAAGAAGCAUCUAAAGUUCCAGCAAUGAUGGGCUUAUAUCGAAGAAUUUCAUUCGAGCCAACAAUUCAAAAAAAUGUGGAAAUCUCAUUGUCAACUGUGCCUCUUUUAAUCGUAAGUGAUUUAACGUCAAGUGGCGAUAACGAAACAGUGAAAAAUGACCGCUCAAGAGCAGAUCUUACAAAUCAAACAUCAUCGUCAAGUAUUGAUUCGGAGGAAAUCACGAUAAAAGAGAUUGACAACAAAUCACAGAUAAAUAAUCAUUCGGUUGAAAAUACAGAGUCUUCUAUUUUCACCAAAGAUCCAAAUGUAAAAGAGGAAUCGGCACGUGGCGAGAAAUUAAAUAAGAUAACUAAAGAUCAGAAUAUGUCAGAUAUAAAAAGUCCUAUCAAUUCAGAUAACGAGCUAGUGAUCUAAUAAAGGGAAAAUAUCAAAUAUAUACACAUGAUGUUUAGCGUAAGAAAAAAGCAUAUAGAAAAAAAGAUACUCUUGUUUCGAUUCGGCACUUCUCUACUUUACUAUCUUAUAUCUUUUUAUAUAUACUACAC